AUGUGUGAAGCUUGCUGGAGGCGGCGAAUAAAAGCGUUUGCUCUCGACACUCGACAAGACUCGGCCCAGUUGACUCCAUCUAUCAACACUAUGGGUGCAUCUUCAUCAACCUUGGACCCAAGGGGUCCCUCACCACCGUCAAAAGCAUUACACGUUUUACGUGUCUCGCCUGGCUCACCAGCAGCUCAAACAGAUAUUGAACCUUUCUUCGACUUUGUGGUUGGCAUCGAUGGAGAUGACUCGACUUCUAGGGUAGAUGCAGCAACACUUAGUCGAGUGGUUGAGCAGCAUGAAGGCAAGACGCUUCCACUGAUGAUAUGGAGCGCGAAAUAUAGAAAUAUGCGUGACUGGUCCCAAACAUCCAACUCGAACCCUCCUAAUAAUCCUCCAUCUCUACUUGGACUCAGUAUGAGACUAUGUAGUCCAGAAGCUGCCCUAGAUGAUGUGUGGCAUAUUCUCGAAGUCUUAGAAAACUCUCCUGCAGAAAGUGCUGGUUUGGUUCCAUAUGGUGAUUGGAUAUUAGGGUGGCCUGGAGGUUCACUAUCAGGAGAAAAUGCUUUCUACGAGCUUGUGGAGGCCCAUAUUGACAAGCCUUUGCGUGUGAUAGUGUACUCGUAUGACUUUGACGCGAUGCGAGAAGUCGUAUUAGUACCAAAUCGAAAAUGGGGAGGCGAAGGACUACUCGGUUGUGGUGUCGGUUAUGGGCUCUUACAUCGAAUUCCACCACAGCCCGUCAAUUCAGAUGCAAUGGACACCAUUCUUAAGCAAAACAUACCUUAUGAUGAACAGGAUGCAUUCAAGGAACCCCAUCAAAAUGGUCAACUCGACCAAUCCGCCUUAUUUGUGCCGGCAGACGAAGACAAUUUUGAAUUUGGUGGAACAUCAGGGUACCCAAAAGCAUUCGAAGAGCAAGAUAAACCCACAACUCAGGAAGAGUUUGACGAGACCCCCGUUGCACACUGGCAUACGGUCAAUAGCAAACCAAACCAAGUGCCUCCGGUGAGCAACACUAUGGAGUCUCACUCUCAGUGGUAUUGGGAAGCCAGAGCCUCUACGAAGACUGAGUUCGCCACCUAUAGGAACUCCUCAAAACCGACCCCGUAUGAGGGGUGGCAUAGUCCAUUCACCCUCUAA